CCUAUAAACAAUCGUAUGACCAGUGAAAUACAUCGACCUCUUCUCUCCACAGCCGUGGAGAGGAUAAGCUCGCGGAUUCUCCCGGUUUUCGCACACACAUUUCUGUUCAGCAAGCCAAAAGAGUUCCGCCUGCGUCGGCUAUGCAUGGGUGCGCUUUUCGGAGCUGUCAGUGGUAUCGCAUUAUUUUUUGGACUUAUGUACAAGAUCCCAAUGUCCAUCGCACUCAAAAUAAUUUUUGCCUGUGUUUUUGUCGGUUUGUGUGCUGUGGGUGGGGCACUCUCCACUUACUUCCGUUGUGCUGUUCUCCUGAUGUUUCCCAGUAUGCUUGGAUCCCGGGGUCGAGCCUAUAUAAUGCUUAUUGUCAUGUGUGGCCUCUACCAAGGGCCCAUCUCCAAUAUCUACAACAACGUGCAGAACAUAGCCUUCUCCAUGGGCUGUAACAUUGAACUGCAGAUUGAGCACAGCAAGGUUAUGUGGAAGGUGGUGAUCGAUCCCUUCAUGCAAGUGAUGCAAAGCAUUGUGGAUGACAAAGGGAAGUUCCAGGAUGAGGCAAAGAACGUGACCAGAAACUUCCAGAGCAUUAGAGAGGAGGUGAUGGGGGAAUACGGUUACAACACCCUCAACCAGGAAUCUGCCCUGAAGGGCAAGAGCACCCAAGAGAUUUUUGUUGCCAAGACCAUGCUGCGGUGUGAAUAUGUUGUACAGCAGGGGAUAGAUCGCUGUCGGGACUGGUUCCACUUCAAGUGGCAGGACUGUAUGGAAACUGUCAAGGCCCCUCUGAUCAGCCACUUGCUUUGUGUGCCCAUGCAGUUUCACUUUCUUUGUGACGUCAUGAGAGUCAUGACGCCUUGGUGCAAAAAGGAGAUUCCAGUGGAGGGUAACUUUGGACAAACCUAUGACAAGAUAAACACCUCUAUCAACAGUCUGGGAGAGGACUUCAGCACAGUCUUGGUUGCCAAAAAGACAAAGCAGCAGUCUUUGCUAGGGGUGGAAGUGUUACCAGAGGAAUUCACAGAGGAGCUGCGUAAAAGCUUUCAGGAGAAAAAGGUCUUUGUAGAACAGGUGCUGGAGGUGUUCCAAGUCCUUCUCUCCUGUACCUUUGUCUUGAUCUUUUACUCUGCUUUUGAUUAUGCUAGACAAUACUGCCAAGCCAUUCGCUUUGACAACAAGUAUAUAACCACUUACUUCAGACAGAUCGACGCCCGUAGGAAGAAGGCGGGCAAGCGGUACCUCUUACCCCUGAAGAAAGCCGAACGUGGCAAUUUCAUAUACCCAUGGAGUCUUUCCAUACACCCCAGCGAGCUCAAGCUUGUGACUCUGGGCUUGCUGAAGGUUUGUGGUCUGGCCCUCUUCAUUGGAAUUAUGUUGGCCAUGGACUGGAUCCUUUACCGCAUCUUUGACAUCAUCCGCAGGCACACAUUUACUGAGUACUCCUUCACAAGCAGUCAUCAGAUAGAAAUCAACAUUGGUGGACAAUCUAUGCUUGCAACUCUCCUGCGGAAAACCAUUGGUGCCUUUAACACCUCCUCCAACUUAGACUUGAUGUCCAGCAAUCGCCACUGCCUGCCUCAGCCGCGGGCCCUCAGCUGGGAGGAAUACCUGUGGGCGACAGGACCCGUGCUAAUAAUGGCCCUCAUGUGCUGUCUGCAGGUGUACAGCAAUCGCCUGCGCAGGGUCAUCUGUGCUUUUUACUUUCCCAAGCGGGAGAAGAGGCGGGCUCUGUUCCUGUACAACCUACAGAUCCAGAGGCGGAUCUCAUAUCUGGACACGCAGCGCAAACGUCUCAUGAAGCGUGGGAAACCGCAGAGGACCGUGCUGUCCAUCAUUUCCUCUGGAUUUGGGAGGCUAGGCUUUAAGCUUCAGUGGUGUUGUGUUUGUGGGGAGAGACAGAGAGGGAACCAGGGUGUGGAGUGUAGCGUUCAGGAUUGCCAGGUGGCCUACUGCCCUCAGUGCUGGAGAGACCUGGGCAGGGUCUGCUUUGCCUGCACCUCCUAUACCCAGUAUGACAUUGAUGAGAGUGAGAGUGAUUCUGAUAACAACUAUCCUGAAUAAAAAAAAUAAUUUAAACAAGCACCCAUUAGCAUGCAUAAUUGCACACAUCUACUACAAACACACACACACACACACAGUCACACAUGCACAAUCAGAUGUAUACACAAGUAGACACACCAGUAAGCCUACAUACAAAGACAUGCUCAAACACACACAUACAAUUGGCACUUUCUUGUCUUUUUUAGUAAAUACUGGAUUUUUUAAACUUUUAGUUGCAAUAUGAACAUGUGGCUUACCUCAUGUGUGAUAAUUUAUCGUAAAUGAUGCUCUGAGGAAAAAAGGUGAUAUGUAUGUUUUAGGGUCAAGGCCUUAGUAAUUUUAGUAAUUUAGUAAUAGUACUUUUAAGCCCAUUUUGGACACUAAGAAAAUGCUUGAAGGAACAAGAUAAGGGCACAUUUAUUGGUAGCAUUUAAUAUUAUUUUCUGAUUAACAAAGGUUAUUAUAAAGGUAUAGUUAAAUGA